AUGUGGCUUCUAGCAAGCUGCCUACUCUUAGUGGGAAGUUAUGCUGCUGAUUCUUCUGGUAAAGCCGUGACCGUUACUCUGAAUGCCAAAUGGGGUUCAACAGCUCUGAUUGCCGAAACAAGUGAGUUUGUGGCUCAAGAAAGUAAUAAGACUUUCUGGGAUUUUGUUCAAUUGAUUUCGGAGAAGACUGAAACGCAAAACUGGGAAAGCUUAACUCAAGAGAAGAAGUAUGACUUGGCUUUGAAAAAAGCAGCCACAGUCCUAGGUGAAUCUUCUAUGGAUAUCCUACGUCUCUCGCUUUCAUUGAGAUCAUUUUCUCCUAUUGUUCAGUUAUUCCAACAGAUUGGCUCCGAGUAUAAGAACAUCUCAUGCUCAGCAUUCUUUGACGUUCAUGGAAAAGUUGGAUGUUCAGCUGGAGAUUUGAUUAAAGCUGUUGAAGACGCCGGUUCCAAACGACCCGAGCUGUUAUCAGUUGAUCAUAUCUUCCCUUCUUCUCAUGACAGCAAAGUAGUAACAAUUGUUUAUGGAGACGUAGGCUCACCAGAAUGGAGGGAACUUCAUCGUCAAGCGAGAACACUAGUGAAAGAUGGAAAAACUCAAUAUGUUUUACGUCAUUAUAAUAACGCGGAAAACUUGGAGAAAGUAUCACUGUCCGGCUAUGGAGUUGAGUUGGCCAUCAAGAACACUGAGUACAAAGCCGAAGAUGAUAGUAACAAGAAAACAGUUGAGGAUGUAGAUGAGGAAAACCUUCAUGGUUUCAAUUUUAAAUUACUCAAAGAACUCCAUCCUGAUGCUAAGGAUUCUCUUCAGAACUUUAGAAUGCAUUUGAAGGAAAUCGAAGAGCUUGCCCCAUUGAAGCAGUGGGAAAUUCAAGAUGUUGCGUUCCAGGCCGCUCAAAAAAUAAUCCGUGAAGAUCCAGAUCUUGCUGUCACAACUCUUAAAGAAUUAUCUCAAAACUUCCCUCUCCAUGCACGCACGUUGUCUCGUGAAGCUGUAGAUUCCAAGACCAGAAAAGAAAUCGAACGUAAUCAGAAAGAGUCAUUUGCGGAAAUUGGAAUCGAUGCUGGAGAAACUGCUCUUUUUUUGAACGGUAUCAAUAUGGAUCUUGACAAUUUGGAUAUGUUCCAAUUGGUCGAUGCUCUGAAGCAAGAAGAACGCUUAGCUAGUGGGUUCUUCAACAUGGGAUUCCGCCGGGAAUACUUAUCUAUACUUGUUGGUCUUGACUUGAGUGACGAAAAAGUCAACUAUGCCAUCGACUACAGAGAGUCAUAUCCUUUCUAUUUGAAUAAUUUGGACACAGACUCUCAAUAUAAACAAUGGGGAAACAGUGUUAAGCUCAUGCUUCAACCUUACUACCCAGGAAUGAUCAGGCCCAUCGCAAGAAAUCUGUUCACAUUGGUGUUUGUUGUGAAUCCAGCUGAAAAAGAAAGCAGAAAUCUCCUCCGCAUAGCUUUGUCCUUCUACCAGCAUGAAAUACCUCUUAGAAUCGGUGUUGUAUUCGCUGUUAACAAUGAGAAGGAUGUUAGUGGAAAAGAUGAUGCUGGUGUUGCCAUCUUGAACUUGUUCAACUUCCUUACUGUGGAUUCUUCUGUGAAAGAUGCUCUUCGUACUAUCAAUAAGUUGCUCGAUCAAUACCGUACGAGACCUACUAUUUCUGUUGAAGAUAUCAAAUCUUGGUUUGAAUCAAAUUACAGUGAUGCUGAUUUUGAGGAAGUUUUUGGUCCCAAUACUGAUUACGACAAAGGAAGAAGCGUUGGCGCAGAAUUCCUUGAGAAUACUGCCAUUGGUAAAGCUCCUCAAGUGUUAUUGAACGGUUUCCCACUUGAUCAAACUGGAAUCAAGGGUGACAAGUUUGAAGAAACAGUCAUGUUGGAAGUCAUGAAGAUUACCCCGAAAAUACAGAGAGCUGUUCAGAAGGGUCAGCUUACCGACAGAGUAAACGUUGGUAACUGGCUUGUCGACCAAAAGGACGUUAUGCCUCGUUUGAAUAAACGUAUUCUGGAUGCACCAUCAACUAAGAACUAUCUAGAUCUCACCGACGUAUCUCCGUGUAAGGCAAAAACAUUGGUCCAGUUCAACACUCUCACAAGCAAUGAAAAGAGUCAAUGCCUCGUUGAAAAAUCAAAAUAUCUCUCAAAGUCGGAUGAUGAAGCAACUCUUGCCAAUACUCUCUGGCUUAUUUCUCUUCUCAUGAACCCCAGUGAUAUCGACAAGGCUUGUGCUUCUGAUAGUAUAUCUUCACUGAUUCAUGCUGCUUAUCGCUUACUUCCUCUGAACCAAGCAAAACAGCUCAUUACUAAGCUGACGAAGGAAGAAUUCGUUUCUGAUAUUGUAUCUGGUAAAAAAACCAUCGAAGAUAUUGCAGUUGGUGGAAUGAAUGUCGCAAACUUCCAGAAAGAGAAAAAACUUCUGUCUUGUGAUAAGAUUAAGAUGGAACAAAAAUUCGCCAUUUCCGUUCUCGGACUUAAGCCAGGCGAUCGGGCAGUCGUGGCUAAUGGACUCAUUAUUGGACCUUUGAAUGAAGACGAGAAACUCACCUCAGCCGACUUCGGCUUGUUAGAAAAGUUGUUAGGUGCUCGUGGUUCUACCGUCAUUGCAUCUCAUGUUGAUAAAUGGGAAGUAGAUAAAGCCAACGGAAAAGCAUCCGAUGUCGUGCUGAGAUCCGCUGCAUUGAUUGGAAAGCAUUCCGUUGCAAAGAAAAGAACUUGGGUUGUUUUGGAGGGAGACGAGUUCAGCUCCGUUACUCUUGUUGCUGAUGAUCCGAAGAGAGCCACAAUGGAUGUCGUCGCCAUUGUUGAUCCUCUUUCUCGUUCCAGUCAAAAACUGGCUCCUAUAUUGGAAGUUUUGAGAAAAUCAAUCAACUGUGACUUGAAGAUUGUGAUGAAUCCUAAACCCAAGCUCAGUGAACUACCUUUGAAACGGUUCUAUCGAUACGUUGUAUCUUCGGAGUUACAGUUCGACCAUAAUGGGAAUAUUGCUCCAUCACAAGCCAGAUUCACUAACUUACCUUCUAAACAGUUAUUAACCCUAUCUGUACAUUCGCCUGAAGCAUGGAUGAUUGAAAACAUAUAUGCUCAAUAUGACUUGGAUAACAUAAAAAUGGAACAAGUCACUGACUCUGUGAAUGCUAUAUUCUCUUUGGAGCAUAUCCUUUUGGAAGGCCAUUGCUUCGAUGAAGUCUCUGGUGCUCCUCCAAGAGGACUUCAAUUUGUCCUGGGCACAGCUAGCGACCCAUCGCAGUUCGAUACUAUAGUGAUGGCUAAUUUAGGAUAUUUCCAACUUAAGGCAAACCCAGGCUCUUGGCAGUUGCGUCUCCGUGACGGAAGAUCAAAGGAUAUUUAUGAUGUUUCUAGUCAUACGAACACCGAAGGCGAAAUCGACGGAGCUAUUUCUGUUCUAAUUGAUUCAUUUACUGGCCGUGUCAUCCGCCUAAGAGUUUCAAAGAAGGAGGGCAUGGAGGAACGGAACUUACUUUCCGACGAAAACGAAGAAGGAGGAAUUUGGAACACUUUAAGUUCUAGUCUCGUCGGUGAGAAACACGAAACUAUAAACGUGUUCUCUCUGGCUUCUGGUCAUUUGUACGAACGUUUUAUGAGGAUUAUGAUUCUUUCAGUAAUGAAGAAUACUAAGCACCCUGUUAAGUUCUGGCUUCUCAAAAAUUAUUUGUCUCCUCAGUUCAAGGAUACACUCCCAAUCAUGGCCGAUCAUUAUGGCUUCAAGUACGAGCUAGUUGAGUACAAAUGGCCUAGAUGGCUUCACCAACAAAAAGAAAAGCACAGAAUUAUGUGGGGUUAUAAGAUUCUUUUCCUCGAUGUGUUGUUCCCUCUGGAUGUCCAAAAAGUUAUUUUUGUUGAUGCUGAUCAAGUUGUUCGGGCUGAUCUAAUGGAGUUGAUGGAGUUAGAUCUGGGAGGAGCUCCAUAUGGAUAUGCACCUUUCUGCGAAUCGCGUAAAGAGAUGGACGGGUACAGAUUCUGGAAACAAGGAUACUGGGCCAAUCACUUGGCUGGACGAAAAUAUCAUAUCAGUGCUCUAUAUGUUAUUGAUCUCCAUAAGUUCCGUCAAAUAGCUGCUGGUGAUAGACUUCGUGGCCAAUACCAAGGUUUGAGCAGUGAUCCUAACAGUCUCAGUAACUUGGAUCAGGAUCUACCCAACAAUAUGAUACAUCAAGUCAAAAUCAAAUCUCUACCUCAAGAAUGGCUGUGGUGUGAAACUUGGUGUGACAACAGUAGUAAGAAGAAUGCUAAAACUAUUGACUUGUGUAACAACCCUCAAACUAAGGAACCUAAACUUGAUUCUGCUUCUCGAAUCAUCCCUGAAUGGAAAGAUUACGAUCAAGAAAUCAAGGAUGUCAUUUCUCAAGGAGCCAGUGUUAAGAAACCAAAAGAUGAUGCUCAUCAAGAACUGUGA